AGUGACAGAUUUAUGAUGUGUCGCUAGGCAUAGCAAGCCGCAUCGUUUACGCUCGGUACAUUGGAAUCGCAGUAACCGCAUACACCCAGCAUGCUAGGUACCGUUCGCAGCAACAACGAAGCGUAAUGAGUACAGAACCACACUCGCAAGCACAGGAGGUUGACAAAGUGCUGCGUGAUAUAGCCCUCAAGAACCUACAGCUGCGACGACUCUCUAGUGUCCUGCUGGUGGAUUCCGAAUUUCUGCGCGUUUGUGACAAAUUCGACGAAGUGAAGCGUACGCUCGAGCAGGCAAAUUGCGAACAGAUCGAUCGAUUAUCCAUCGAUAGUGAAACGGAGGAUAUCAUUUCGUUAUUGGAACUGAAGGUUAAAAUACUGCAGCGUUUAGGGCGAGGCUGUUUGGUACGGAUAAGCAGAUACAACGACGCACGUAAGGAAGAUCCACCAGAACUGCAGGAAACAAGGUUCAAGGAGCGCUUAGAGACAGCACUUAAACAACUGCACAGAACACACAAGCACUUUCGACAGAAUGUUUUAGAUAUCAUUUGGGCUGUUGGCGAUAUUUAUCAACUACAGGAAAUUGAAUCCUUGCUGAAGAAGACAGAUUUUCUGCAUGGUAUUGUUUGUAAAAAUCAUCGAAACUGCUUGCACGUACUGGCAUCAACCAAUCUUGAUCACACUAUUGAGCUCAGCUGUGUACGGUUGCAGUUUGCAGCUAACUCGCUUCUAGUUCUCGCACUGAUUCAGUUCCGUGAGCUCCUCGAUAUAAUGGACAAUGAGGGAAGUGUUCAUACAAUGCAUGCAAAGCUGCAGGACGAGAUACGACGUUCGUUGAAUGAUAUCCAGGUGAAUGAGGAAGAGCUAGCAUCACUUCGCCAGAAACUGUUCACCUCAACAGACAGUCUCACAGCGCAGCGAAGCAUUGCCAUUGAACAACGAGAAAAGCAUGGACUUGAUCUACAGGAACAUUUGCGCAAUAUCGAUCUACUCGAACUAGAUCGGAAAGAGAUUGAAGAGCGUGUUACCCGAUUAAUCGAAGAGAGGGAAAUAAUCCAGAUGCAGUUGGAAGAGCGACGUCGCCUACUUCAGGAUGGUAUGCGUGAGAUUGUCCGCUUAGAGCACCUGAUAGACCAGAUCGAGCAGGAAAUAUCGGAGCGUACUGUGAAGUUCCAAGAAGAAGCGCAACGUCUCGAACAACGAAGACUGGAUAUCCUCAACGAUGAUACCCUUAGUCCCGAAGAACGAUCCGCGUUGCUGGCUGAAUGUGAUGCAGAAAUGCUUGAGCUGCAUCAAACACACACCAGUGACAUUAAUGUACUUGGAGUUCGCUGUGAUGAGCUGAAACGUCUGUCCAAAUCUCUUGCCACUGAUGUAGACACAUUUCGUGAUGAAGUAGCACAGAAGCAUCGUGACCAAAUUGCUGAACUAGAACGCCAAAAAGCACUUGCUACGACUCCCUCUCAGAUAGCACUGUUAGAGGCCCAGAUACAGCAGCAGCAGGCAGAAUUUAACGAAAAUCUUACAAUGUUGAAUCGUGCUCAGAAUCGCACAGAAUACUUAUUCGACGAGCACGGGCGAUACUUUCUUAAUGAGGCGGGUGAACGAAUUUACAAACGCGAUUCUCGAGCUUCUGAGUACUGCCUAGGGCCGGAUGGUGAAUGGAUUAAAAUUUCUUCCGCGGCCAGCCUCCAAACAGACGAAAAUGGUGUUUACUUUAUAGAUAAAUUCGGACAGAAAAUUUACCAGCGGCAGCACUUCACUGACGCGAAUGGGGAAUACUAUCUCGAUGAAAAUGGCACACGGGUGUACAUCGAAACACCAACCAAGCCAACGUUGAGUGUAUCGAGCGAAUUUCCCUCUCCAUUCCGGCGAACCGAACCGCAACCAACGACCAGUUCGCAAUCAUCCAUUUCAGAUCAGGAAUUUGUUGAAGAGUCGGAAUCAAUGCAAGAACUGCGAGAGCGAGCUGCUACUGAUGUGGCCUAUAUUGAGAAAACCGUAGGAAUUGCACUACGGAAAGGAUUGGCUGCUCUUGCCCGAACGAAACCGGAAGAUCCAAUCGGUUAUCUGGCGGAUUACUUGGCGCUAUUUCAAAGGAACGCGUUGGAAACAAAGCGCCGACAGCAGUUGCUCGAACGACUUGGAUUAAAUGGAAGCGAUUGUACAACGGAAAGCCGGAUAUAAAUAUGUUCAAUACGGAAAAGAUUUUCUUGAUUGAAAAUAACGCCAGCUACAGCCAGGGAAACAGUAACAUUUUUCAAUUAUUGUGCUACUCAGAGAAAAACAUACUAGAUUUUCCGUUACUUUGAAAUUAUUUAGUUCAUUAAAUUUGAGGCAUCGUAAUGCCCUUAGCAGGAUUUUGUGAAAUAAAUUAUUUUUAUAAAUUUAGUAUAAAGUGUUCGA